AUGGCAAAUCCAUACCCAGGUCAUCAGCUGAAUGACAUCCCACCCAUGAAUGUUUACAGACCUCCCGCCCACCGUUCAGAAGACGAAGCAGAACAUUCCUUACUCCAUCCAACCGCCACAUAUCAAUCGCAAUAUGACGAUCCUCACUCUCGACCUCUGACCCCGGGACAAGAGUCGGUCUACACCUUGAAUGAAUCCUACGUGGGAGGGGACGCUUCAAAAGUGCCAGUGACGACUUACAAUCCACAACAUACUCAACCAUACGGCCCAGGUUAUGGGCUGAGCAAUGCGCAGGCAGGCUUCCCCCCGGCAGGCCCGCCCGAUCCCAUUGACCGAACCGAUUCAACUGAAGCAUGGCGAGAGCGGCAAGCGCCUGGGUUCGGGACAAUCAAGCGUUACGCGACCAGAAAGGUCAAACUAGUCCAGGGCAGCGUUCUGAGUAUUGACUACCCAGUUCCCAGUGCCAUACAGAAUGCGAUUCAGUCAAAGUACCGAAAUGACCUUGAAGGCGGCAGUGAGGAGUUCACACACAUGCGGUACACGGCAGCAACUUGCGAUCCUGAUGAUUUCACCUUGAAGAAUGGGUACAAUCUACGCCCAGCAAUGUACAACCGGCAUACUGAACUGCUCAUUGCUAUUACCUAUUACAACGAGGACAAGGUUUUGACGGCUCGCACUCUCCAUGGUGUCAUGCAAAAUAUUCGCGACAUCGUCAACCUGAAGAAGUCCGAAUUCUGGAAUAAGGGCGGCCCGGCAUGGCAAAAGAUCGUUGUCUGUCUCGUGUUCGACGGAAUUGACCCCUGCGACAAGAACACUCUCGACUUGCUAGCCACUGUCGGCGUCUACCAAGACGGCGUCAUGAAGAAGGACGUGGAUGGCAAGGAGACGGUGGCUCAUAUCUUCGAAUACACGACACAACUUUCGGUAACCGCGAAUCAACAAUUGAUCCGACCUAAUGACAACGACGCGACUUCCCUGCCGCCUGUACAGAUGAUUUUCUGUCUGAAGCAGAAGAACAGCAAGAAGAUCAAUUCUCACAGAUGGUUGUUCAAUGGGUUUGGCCGCAUCCUAAACCCGGAAGUCUGUAUCCUGCUCGAUGCUGGGACGAAGCCCGGUUCCAAGUCGUUGAUGGCGCUUUGGCAAGCUUUCUACAAUGACAAAGACCUGGGUGGCGCUUGUGGUGAAAUCCAUGCCAUGUUGGGCCCCGGCGGAGUCUUUGGAAGAAAACUCUUGAAUCCCCUGGUCGCUGCUCAAAACUUCGAAUACAAGAUCAGCAACAUUCUUGACAAACCCUUGGAGAGUUCGUUCGGCUACGUGAGUGUCUUGCCCGGCGCAUUUUCGGCAUACCGGUUCCGAGCCAUCAUGGGUCGUCCUCUCGAGCAGUAUUUUCACGGCGACCACACUCUAUCCAAGAGAUUGGGCAAGAAAGGUAUCGAAGGCAUGAACAUCUUCAAAAAGAACAUGUUUCUGGCCGAAGAUCGUAUUCUGUGCUUUGAACUGGUCGCCAAAGCCGGGUCGAAGUGGCAUCUUACCUACGUCAAAGCCUCCAAAGCCGAAACGGAUGUGCCCGAAGGUGCGCCUGAGUUCAUCGGACAGCGUCGACGUUGGCUCAACGGCUCCUUUGCCGCCUCCAUCUAUUCGUUGAUGCAUUUCUCCCGCAUGUACAAGUCCGGACACAACAUCAUCCGAAUGUUCUUUCUCCACAUCCAAAUGGUUUACAACAUCGUCUCCGUCAUCCUGUCAUGGUUUUCGCUCGCUUCGUUCUGGCUGACCACCAAGGUCAUGAUGGACCUGGUGGGCCAACCCAGCUCCAGCAACAACAAUUCGGCCUUUCCGUUCGGUAACACUGCUACCCCGAUCGUCAACACAAUCCUGGAAUACCUGUACUUGGCUUUUCUGCUGCUCCAAUUCAUCCUGGCAUUGGGAAAUCGACCCAAGGGCUCCAAAGUGGCAUACAUCAUCUCGUUCUGCCUCUUUGGCCUCAUUCAACUCUAUGUCAUCGUUUUAUCCAUGUAUCUGGUGGUGCGGGCCUUCACCAGCAAAGAUGGCACUGAUAUUGUUACGAACGAGGGAGCGAAUGAAUUUGUCAAGUCCUUCUUCGCCUCAACCGGACCUGGAAUUGUCAUCAUCGCACUCGCCGCCACGUUCGGGCUGUACUUUGUCGCCUCGUUCCUAUACAUGGACCCAUGGCACAUGUUCACGUCCUUCAUUCAAUACCUGCUCCUCAUGCCGUCUUUCAUCAACAUUCUGAUGAUUUAUGCUUUCAGCAAUUGGCAUGACGUCUCUUGGGGAACCAAGGGUGCAGACAAGGCUGAUGUCCUCCCUUCCGCGCAAACAAAGAAGGACGAGAAGAGCAAGACUGCAGUUGUCGAAGAAGUCGACAAGCCACAAGCAGAUAUUGACAGUCAAUUUGAGGCGACUGUUCGACGUGCUCUGGCCCCCUACAAGCCACCGGCAGAAAAGGAAGAGAAGACUUUGGAGGACUCUUACAAGAACUUCCGAACUCGACUGGUUGCGACAUGGAUCUUCUCGAACGCCUUGCUUGCUGUUGCAAUAACAAGCGACAGUAUUGACGACUUCGGGUUUUCGGACGAGCCACUUCUUCCAAGCCCUCCUGUGGACUACCGCAUCAUUGUCUCUGGUUCGCUUCAUCGGCUGCUGUUGGUUCCUCGGAAGAACCGGGUUGUUAUGCUGUUUCAAUAG